AUGGGGGACCGGAAGUGUUAGGUUUGUGGGCUGACGGUCAUAUGAUAGGAAAUGUAAUCUGUGUUGAGAAAUGCUACACUAACGACCCGUAGAGUAUAUUGUUCGUGAAAUAUUUCUACCCAGAGCUUGUUAAGAAUCUGUUAAAUCGUCGUAGAAAUCACGAUGUCCCUUAUUGGCAUGAAAGUCCCCAUGCAGCUGUGUUUACUGCUUUGUUCUCUGCGGUUCAUUUUGUCAGCGGAGAAGUCGGACGCGAAGAGCUCCAGAGACAUCCGAUGUAAAUGCAUUUGUCCUCCCUACAAAGAUGUGCAGGGAAUGAUCUACAACCAGAAUGUCUCCCUGAAGGACUGUAAUUGCUUACAUGUAGUGGAUCCCAUGCCAGUGGAGGGAAAGGACGUGGAGGCAUACUGUUUGCGCUGUGAAUGCACAUAUGAAGAAAGGAGUUCUGGCACCAUCAAAGUGACCAUCAUUAUUUACCUGUUCAUCCUGGGCCUCCUGCUGCUCUAUAUGUUUUAUCUGACCAUGCUGGAACCUGUGCUAAAGAGGCGUCUGUUUGGACACUCCCAGCUCAUUCAAAGCGAAGAUGACGUAGGGGACCAGCAGCCCUUCGCCAAUGCCCACAAUGUGCUGUCGCGGUCACGUUCUCAAAGCAACAUGCUGAACAAGGUAGAACAUGCCCAGCAGCGCUGGAGGAGGCAGGUGCAGGAGCAGCGCAAAUCUGUCUUCGAUCGACAUGUGGUGCUCAGCUAGAUCCUACCUUGCAAGCCCUUGGGAACACAACUGCGAGCCCUUGGUCUCAGUCCUGGUUAUAUGGGUACAACUAGAUCUUUGCAAUGUGUAUAUAGAACAUGUUCAUAGAAGGUGAUCAUGUUAACUUGUACAAUCCCUCCAUCGGUAUAAUGGAGCACUUUCCCCACUGUAGCUGUUACAGAUAUCUUUGAUUAAAUGUUUACCAUAACUUCAACCACAAAUUACUCAAAAACAAUGCAGAAGUCUUUCAGAAAGAACUGGUCAUGAUUGCUUAUGCACUUUUUUAAAAUGACGAUUGGUGAUUGAGAUAAACAUGAUUUUUGAGAAACACAUUCCUUUCUUGCACGUUAUAUGUUGACUUUAAUAUGAAACUGAGUGGAACAAAGAGACUCCUUUUAAGAACUUUGCAGAAGUUUAAACUAUGGCUGGAGGCAGUAAAGAAUCUUACAAGUUCAGUGAUUUUUUU